AUGAGAAUUGUUAUUGAGGACAACUCACCUAAUCGAAUGACUUGUAGCUGUAGGAAAUUUGAAUCUUAUGGAAUUAUAUGUCGACAUAUAUUUGCAGCUUUCCCCAAGAUGCAACUUUAUGCUCCAUUACCUGAUAUGUAUGUCCUGCGUAGAUGGACGAAAUCAGCAAAAAGUAUUGCCUCAACUUCUAUUGGAAGUAGUGACCAUAGUAUUGUUAUGCAUCACAAUGAAUUGCGCAAGCUUGCUUCGAGUGUUGUUGAGGCCGCUUUGGUCAAUUAUGACACAUAUAUACCUGCAUCAGAACAUUUGGAGUCCCACCGCUGCAAGCUCAACACGAUGACACCAACUGAUAGUGGUCAAUCUUCUGCAUCUAUUAUCGAUGCUUCAAAACGAGUUUACAAUGAACCCGAAAAGGUUAGAGCAAAAGGUUGUGGGAAAAGACUCAAGGGAGGAAUGGAGGAACAUGAUUAUUCAGUGGCUUAUACUUAG